AGUCCAAGAGAGUGACCAUUAAAGUAUUGAAAUAGCGAGCAGUCUUAGUGUGAGUCUUUUACAUUGGCGAAGAGAGAAAAAAUUGGAGGACUGAUGCAGCUGUUAUUGCGCGCAUAAUACGGAAUUGAGAUAUGGCGAACGGCAAUAGAAGGCUUGAUUUGCAACCGUUUCGGGUGGACUGCAGCGACCACAUAGCAACGGACCAGGCAUGGUGUGAAUGGCUUGAGGACUUAGAAAGGCAAAUCAGAUACUUCAAAAUUACUGAAGAUGAUGAUAAAACGGACGCUUUACUAAUCUACGGCGGGCAAGAGGUAAAAAGGCUAAGUAGAAGUUUAGAUAUCCGGAGAAAAGCAUAAAAUAUGAGAAGCUGUCAAGUAAGUUGUCGGAUUAUUUUUCGCCUUAAAAGAACAAACAUUACUCUAGAUAUUUUUUUAAGAUGCGCCCCAAUAGCGGGGAAAGCACAAUUGAAUAUGCUGCUAGGCUACGGGAAAAGGCGCUUUCAUGCAAUUUUGUUGACAUAGAUGAUCGUAUACUUGAACAUCUCGUACAAACUGCUAGCAAUUCUGAGUUUGUUAGGAAAGUACUAUAUAAAAAGUGGACUCUCCAAGAAGCACUUAGUGCUGCACAAAUCAGUGAGAGUACAAGUAUCCAGUUAAAGGAGAUGAAUAACAAAGCACUGGAAAUAGAUAGAAUACGCAGAAAGAAGAAAGAGAACAGCACUUCAAUUGAAACAUCUAGUAGCAGCGAUUAUAAGGAUAGAAAUAGCAAAUCUAAUCAUCAGAUUUGUCAAGAUAGACAUACAACUGGCAGAAGACAAAUGCCCAACAGACGCAAAAAUGACUACACAGAUAGUGAAACUUCAAGCAGUUCAGAAGAAGAAUCCAGAGAAUUCAUUCAUGCAGUCAAGAGUCGGACCAAACUGCAUUUGCAAAGACAGAAAAUAGCAAAGAGAAAUUACGCACCGUGUGUAUAUUGUGGACGAAAUCAAGUGCAUGCAAGAAAGGAGCAUUGUAUAGCUUAUGGGAAAAGGUGCUAUUCUUGCAACAAGUGGCACCACAUAGCCAAGGUAUGUAAAUCAGGUGAAAACAAUUAUAACGAGAAUACCAUAUAAUGCAAGAACACAAUGCAAAGAAGAGGAACAAGAGGAACAAGACAAAGAAGCAUUAAUGACUUUUCAUCUUCUGAUAUUUCGGAUCAAAGCUUAUCGAGAUCUAGGUUAACAACAAGCGUUCAACAUAUCAGCAAAUGUUAUAACUUGAUCUGAAAUGGCUUUACGGUUGAUGCCUUUCAAGGAACAGGAGUCAAUUCAUAACCCUCAUAAACAUUGAUUAUACGUCUAAUCAAUUGUUAUUUGAUAAUUCAUUUGUUUUGUUUAAUUUGCACAAUUUCAUUCUUUUUCAAAUGUUUGGAGAAAUGUUAUAUCAUUGAGAUCUAUUCAUAUAACAUAUCUUAUUGUUUAAUGACGUCGGUGACACUCAUGACGUUGUCGCCACGGUGAUUUAGUUUUUAUAUACAGAGUCCAAGAGAGUGACCAUUAAAGUCAUUAUUAUUAAUGUGGGUCUCUAUCAAUUUCAUUAAAGGAACGGGAUGUCAUUAUAUUGUUUGGACACAUACUUUCGUGUGGGCCCAGUUUUCAUGCGUUUCAAUUGAGAUAAUUUUACGAAAGACGUACGUCCAAUGUCCGAUUUUGACAAAGUCCCAAAGCAAGAUCGAGUAUUCGCCGCAGAGCCGAGUUUCCGCGUACCUCCAACGAACGUGACCGUGGUAGCCGGAGGUCUGGCUGUGCUACCUUGCUCAAUACAGCACCUUACUGACGGUCACAUGGUCGCGUGGACCGAACCGUCUGGUUUCGUCGUCUCGUUAAACGAGAAGCGCGUAUUCGAAGAUACCCGGAUGAGUGUUGAGCGGCCGUUCAAGCGCAGCUGGAACCUGCACAUUCGGGAGGUGCGUCAGAGCGACGCCGGCAUGUACAUAUGCCAGAUCAACACGGAACCCGUCAAGAAGAUGGAGGUGAUGUUGUACGUGCAAGUUCCAGCAAUUAUAGCUGACCAGAAUUCCAGCUCGGACAAAGAAGUGUCGGAAGGGGAAACUGUGACGCUAACGUGCAACGCUUCUGGUGUGCCGCCCCCUGAUGUAAGCUGGUUCCGCAUCACUAACCCCAUCACGAGAGUGAGGGAACGUAUUGGGUCUGAUGGCGAGAUACUCCGAAUCCACAAUAUGUCACGUGACUGCGGUGGCACGUACGAGUGCGUGGCUGACAACGGGGUAGGGGAGAAAGCGAUACGGCGAAUAAACAUCGCUGUCAAUUUUCACCCGGAAGUGAUAAUGAAGACCACGAGGAUUGGGCAGGUGCCCGGCAAGGAGACCAUCCUCGAGUGUGACGCCAUCGCCCAUCCAUUGAACUGGUUCGUCUGGGAAAGAGACGGGGUGAUGCUGGCCUCAGAUAGCUCGGGUAAGUACAAGGUGGAAAUGUUCGACUCGGAUCAAAACCCGGACCAGAAAACGCUCAGCCUGCGCAUUAGCAACCUGCAGCCGGCCGACUACGGGCGCUACACGUGCAGGGCGUCCAACUUCCUAGGAGAGGACAGGGAAAUAAUGAGCCUAUACGAUUAUUCAUCAAAACAAAUACGUCCCACCACCACAAAAGAACCAGAGAUUGUGGUUACCUAUCGCAACAAAUCAACCACACCAAGAAACUGGCAACCGAACCAAUCGCACUCUAACGAACACGUGGACCAAACCAGUAGUGUACGCAGAAAAUACGGAAAACCAGAGGACCCAUUUGCCAGUCAAGGGGCCAUAUACGGAGGAAACAGUCAGGCCAGAUCUUUAUUCGGACCUGAUCAAUACAUGGCGUUACUGGCCGUUGCGUUUGUUACAAAUUGUAUUGGUGGAAAUGUAUUGUGACCAAUAACGUGACUGUAUAAAUAAUCUCGAAUAAUUUAAAAUUAUGGGGAGUAAUGCCAGAUUAUAUGUCAACGAAUAAACAGCAUUAUUGUGUAGUUGAAGCGAUACGUGGAUCUGUUUUAAUUGCUUUCUAUCUGUGCACGACACAAGUCUUAUUUGACGGCAUUGGUCAGAUAUUUUAUGGUCUAUAAGCACUUUAUCUGUUUCACAAGAGUGUUUUCUUUUCUCCGUCGACAUAUGUGAACAAAUCUAUUUAGGUAUUCAUGCUAGUUCGUUGGUUGUUUUCAUUCUGUUCUUUUCGGUUAUUAAAAACAAUCAGUUUAAAUAUUAUUUGUUGAAUUCUUCAUUUUUUAACAAUACAAUGGUCUGAAGAAAACCUUCAGAAAAUCAACACAUGAGGUUGUAUAUGAAACAUAUGGACAUUGUUAAGUAACUUAUUAAUCAUUCCAUGACUGACGUUUUUGUGUGAAGAUAUGUGUGAUCGUUUACUUGUUUUGGUUCAACAAUGUUUUAUACAGUUGUGCAGAUUAUCGUUUUAUUAUCGUGUGGAUGCAUAAUCGGAUAUAUUUGGUACGAAAUACAAUUUCAAAAGGACUGCAUCUAUUAGACAGGGUCGGGUCGGAUUACAACUGCAAAUCCUUCUUACGGAACCAUCGGCAAGAAAUCGAGAAAGACUUACAACUAGUGAGUGUUUGUUGCUUAUAUGGUGCGUAAAACGAGGACUUUGCGUAGAAUGUGUAAGCGAAAUCACAGUGACGUUUGUUAAGACGCAUCCGUUUGGGUUGAUUCCUCCAUAAAGACGGCGGAAUAGAAAUGGCGGAGGACCAUUACAUACGACAUUAGGGCAUAUAAAUGCAUGAACGCCUGGGCCGAUGGCUUGGUUUUACCAAAGACACAUAGGUACAAAAAAAAAGGUUUGAUGCACACAGCUUUAAAUUACCUAUUGUGAUUUGUACUAGAUGUUGUUAAACUUUUAUGUAAUGUACAUAUUAAAAUGACUGUGAAAUAAACGUUGAUUUUA